AUCCCAUUUAGCCAACCUAACUAAACUGACAUCAAAGGUUUUGAAAGCUCUAUUCCGAAAACGUACCUAGGUGUUUUGAUUCAAAUACAUACUGUAAUUCAAUGAAACGUAGUAGUCUCAACCGCAAAAUAAACUAGGCUGCAGAAAACGGAAUUUGUCGAGAUCUGUGUGUUGCUUUCAAAAGUUGCUGUUACGAAUUGCUGUGUCGGGACCCGGUUUGGCCCAAGAGGAAAGGUGAUAUUUUUGUAUAUAUUUUUUCCUCUCCCUUUUUAGGGGUGGGAUAAUUAUUUCAAUUUCCAUCCGCACUAUAGUACAGUAAAGCGCCUGUGAGGAUCGCUCAUGUAAUCUAAACGGUAUUUGGAACGGAGUGGUGAAACAAUAUUUCAAAUUUCGUGAAAACCUUUAGAACGCAGCAAGGAUCACUUUCAUUGUUGUCGACAUUCUUCCAGGCAUGAAGGACCAAAUCCGUCUGGAUUAAGGGGCGAAUCGGAUGGGAAUUUUACCAUGAAAACAUUUUGGAAGGUAAAUAAGCGACCAAUUUCGAGAGAAACCAAGCUUCAUUUGAGAGAACUUAAUGAAAAGAAAACUAAAACAAGGAAUCUUCAGAACGAUUAGACCAAUCUUGUCAAAACAUUGGUCGAAUUAGUAACUUUGUGCAGUGUUAUUUCACAUGGAAACAAAUUAACAAUAGGUAGUCAGUGCUAAUACUUUCCGGGUAGUCUAUUGACAAAGACGGACGCAGGCAGUGGCAGGCGAUGCCCAUGAUACAGUGUGUUCGCAAUUAAUGUUUCUCCUAAAGAUAUUGAGAGGUUAACGUUUUAUUUUCUAGUAACAUUUCACCAUACUCAAGAGUUAUCAAUGUAUCAUUGGCAAUACGUUGUUUAAUGCACGCCCCCGUAAUGGUUCUGAAGAAGAACGUUUACAGUCACCUCUGAUGUCUUCUGUCUGGAACAAUUGUUUUACAUCAAUAUUUGAAAAAACUAAAUACACCAAAGAAUUGAAGUCUACACUGAACCCAUAUGUUCUUAUUUUAAUGGAUUAAACGAAUUUGAAUCGUUGUGGAACGCCCUUGGACGGACAUUGAAAGCCAAGACGAAGCCAUUCUCCAAAAUACAGUUUGUCAUUUUGAUGAAAAUGCUAACGUUAGUUGGAUAAAAUCCGUGUGGAAAAAACAACGGAAGCCCAAUGAGCGAGACACAGUCAACACUCACUGACAGGGUUCCCAAAAAAGCAGCCAGGACCCUUAGCAUUCUCAGCAAGGACCAUCCCCCAGACAAGAAACCCAAGAGUGACAAAAACACAGUCCCACCUCUGCAGGAGUUUGACCCUACUGGGCUUGUCCAGCGUUGUGUGAUCAUUCAGAAAGAUGAGAACGGCUUUGGGCUGACGGUGAGCGGAGACAACCCUGUAUUUGUGCAGCUGGUCAAAGAGGAUGGCUCUGCCAUGCGAGCGGGAGUCCAGACGGGUGAUAGGAUCAUCAAGGUUAACGGGAGCUUAGUAACACAUUCAAACCAUGUAGAAGUCGUAAAGUUAAUCAAAUCGGGCUCCUAUGUGGCCCUCACAGUGCUGGGGAGGCCCCCGGGACUGGCCCAAGUCCCCCUGUCAGAAGGCGAGGGUGGAGACCCAGGGGUCCUGUCGUCGUCCCUCUCCUCACCCCACUCUCCGGGAACAAUGGGGGGAACAGGGGAGCGCUGCUCCACCUCCACCAGUCCCCAGGACCACAUCAUCUCCCCGCUGUCCCUCUGGGAGGAGAAUAACGCUGUACACAGCCAGAAGGUGGACAUCUUACAGAAGAUGCUGUCCAAGCAGCAGCAGGACUUACAGGCUAUGAAGGAGGAGUACAGCAGGAACCCCACAGCGAAACUACUGAAGGACAUUCAGGAGGCCAAGAAACACAUUCCUAUGCUACGUGGCCAGCUCAGAAAGGCCACAGGCACACCUCAGGAUGGCUCCCUCUCCCCCUGGGACGGUGAGGGGGGGGGCGUUGGGGCGGCCGAUGGAGAGCAGACCCCCUCCUCGCAGGUAGAGAGCGGCAGCAAUGGAACCUGGACGAAUAUCACUGUGUCUCCCAGUCCCCUCCCUGAGAGUCCGUGCCAAAGAGAGACCCCCUGCCAUAACCCAAAGACCACCCCCCGAGACAGCCUCAACUCCUGCCCCUCGCCUGACGCCGAGGACACGCCGGACUUGAACUGUAACUUCCAGUGUAGUGUGGGCAGCCCCUUGACCUGUCUCAACCCCCAGAUCAUCGGAGCAGAGGACGACUACUUUGACACCGAGCAGGAACAGAUCAAUGGUCAGUGUUGUUGUUUCCAGAGUAUAGAGCUGCUCAAGUCUCGGCCCGCUCACCUGGCCGCCUUCCUCCAUCAUGUGGUCUCUCAGUUUGACCCUGCACCUCUGCUGUGCUACCUUUACGCCGACCUGUACAAGCAGACCAACUCCAAAGAGACCAGACGGAUCUUCAUGGAUUUCUAUACUUUCUUUAUGGACCGAGCAGCGAAUCUGAAAGUAGCUGUGCCUGAGUCUAUUGCCUCUGAACUAGAUCGGCGGAGACCUGAGCUGAUCCCAGAGGAGCUACACAGACAGUACACACAGCUGCUACAGGACACACUGCUACCAGACAUCCAGGGGAACCUAGAGGACUUCAGGCAAAAGCGCAGCAUGGGUCUGACCUUGGCAGAGGGGGAGCUGUCUAAACUGGACACAGAGAGGGUGAGAGACCGCGUGGCGCUGGAUAGAGAACGCUCCUGUGCUGAACACAUCAUCUCCAAGAUAGAGGACGUCUUGCUGACAUCACAGCCCACAGAAGAGGAGAAAUGCACUACUAUGCAGUAUGUUAUCCUCACAUAUAUGAAACACCUGGGAGUUAAAGUGAAGGAACCUCGUAGCCUAGAGCCCAAACGAGUCCGCAUCAACUUCCUACCCAAGAUCAAGAAGAGCAUCAAAACUGAGAAAGAGGGGGAGGAUAAGGUGAAGAAGCCUCGUUUUCCCAGCAUCCUCGGCCCUCCUCGUCGGCCCAGCCGUGUGGACUCCACUUCCAUCGGCAAGGCCAUAGAGAUGAACAAGCAGCGGGGCCCUCAGAAGCAGCUCUCCCAGCCCAUCUUAAGCAUCCCCGAUCUCCCAGAAUCCUUGGCCCGCGGCAGCCAAUCAAGGGAUCCAGGCUCGGAUGUGGCAACCCACCCCUCGGCCUUCAUCGCAUCACCCCCACACAGUGCCCCAGCCAGCCAGGGCUCUGACCCCAUGGGACGCGAUUCUGACUCGGGUCUCACUCCCUCCUCCGCCCUGCCCAGACUGAGCUCUGACUGGCUCCACUCGGACGAUACCCAGAACAGGAUGGCCCACCCAACCAGCACCCACUUUGACUUCAGCCCCUGCACCCUGGAACAAUUGCAGGAGGAGGAGCGUGAGAGUGACGGAGUUCCAGAGGGAGGCACACCCAAACCAGCCCGGAGGAUGCAGGGUUUAGGCUUUCCAGAUGUGCCGAAUGAGGACGACCUGGGGAAUGAGAUCGAGUGCAAGCAGGACUCUCCCAACUGGCAGACGCUAGUCAGCCGAGAGGUCCUGGCGGGCCUGACACCACAGGAGAUCAAGAGACAGGAAGUCAUCAACGAGCUGUUCUACACAGAGCGAGCCCACCUGAGGAUGUUGAAGGUUCUGGAUAACGUGUUCUACCAGAAACUAACCCGAGACAGCAUCCUGCCUCCUGGAGACAUUAAACACAUCUUUACUAACCUAGAGGAGAUUGUCCAGCUACAUGUGUCGAUAACAGAACAGGUGACAGUCAUUCGGAAGAAGAACGAGACGUCAGUGAUAGACCUGAUAGGAGACGAUCUACUAGCUUGGUUCAGUGAUGGCGAGGAGGAGAAGAUCAAGCGGGCGGUGGGCACCUUCUGCAGUAACCAGCCCUUCGCCCUGGAACUCAUCAAGACCCGGCAGAAGAAGGACCAGCGCUUCACCUCCUUUAUGCAGGAGGCUGAGAGCAACCGUCUGUGUCGCAGACUCCAGCUGAAGGAUAUCAUUCCAGUGGAGAUGCAGAGGCUGACCAAGUAUCCACUGCUGCUGGAGAGCAUAGCCAAGUACACAGAGGAUGCAGCGGAGAGGGACAAGGUGAAGAGGGCCGGGGAGUGCUGCAGGAAGAUCCUCAACUAUGUCAACCAGACAGUGAAAGAGGCAGAGAACAAACAGAGGUUAGAGGACUACCAAAGACGCCUGGACCUGUCCUCACUCAAACAGAGUGAGAACCCAAUGAUCUCAGAGUUCAAGAGCCUGGACCUGACCAAGAGGAAGAUGGUGCAUGAGGGACCUCUCUCCUGGAAGGUCAACAAAGACAAGACAAUCGAGCUGUACACGCUGCUCCUGGAGGACAUCCUGGUGCUGCUGCAGAAGCAGGAUGAGCGGUUGGUCCUCAAGUGCCACAGCAAAAACCUGGCGGGCACCGCCGACACCAAGCACAUCUUUAGCCCCAUCAUCAAGCUCAACACUGUGCUGGUGCGCUCUGUGGCCACCGACAACAAGUCCUUCUUCGUGCUGUCUAUGUCCGACAACGGAGCCCAGAUCUACGAGCUAAUGGCCCAGACCGUGUCCGAGCAAAGAACGUGGCAGUGUCUGAUAACGCAGAGGGCAGACACCAUGAAGAUGAAACCGCACAACAUCAUACCUUUACCUCAGACCGAUGCUGAGCGAGACGCAGUGGAGGAGAUCAGCACAGGGAUACCCAAACUGAGCAAAGACCCAGACCGCCUUUCCACGGGAAGUAUCCAGUUCGCAGAAAAAUAUGUCACUUCCUCGCCUGGUCUGCAACCCACGCCCACAUCGAUCAACCCAUUCGACAGCAUCAAAUCAGACGACAAGGAAGAAGAGUCGCCGCUACUGCUAGACAGAAGAGAAGUGGAGGAGGUAGACGAGGAGGAAGUUGAAGCGUUUCUGGUUGGAGAGCUGGCAGACAGACUGCCCUUACUCCAGGAGAGGUCAUGCCAAGGCAUUGCCAUCGAUGACCAGGAGCCCCAUGAUGCCUUCGUCAUGCCCCCCUCCAGAGCCGAGGAGGCCCUAAGAACCUUGGCAGCCCUGAGGCAGGUCCUUCUCAACCACAUGACAAGCAGAGAGGAGGGCAGCGACAAGAACAAUGAGAAUAGGAAGGAGAAGGAGCAGAGAAAGGGCUUGGCCCAUGGCGCCCGCCUGCUGAGGACGACGUCACUGAGGGGCCCGGAGGACAGCAACAGCAGUACAUCGGGCCCUACGAGCGCAGCAGCAUCUUCUCCUGGCUCCUCGGAGAACGGCACAGCGGGGAGGGAGGAGGGUGCCCCAGGAUCCUCAGAACUCCCGUCUGGGGACACAGGCUUCUUCGAGACAUCUGAGGACUUUGGCAGUUACAAUGUCCUGGGGGGCUCGGGGGAGAGCAGCACAGAUGACGACGGUCAGGCGAGUGGCAAGGGUGGAGGCAGGGCCCAGUGGGGCUCGGACAUCGACCUGAAGAAGCUGCUCUCCUCAUCCUCACAGACAGGGGAUGCUGGCCCCAACCUCAGCCGUCAGGUCAUGACCCACAUCCGCCUGCUGCAGGCCAACCUGCAGCACUUGAAGGAAGUGGAAACCAAGUAUAAUGAACUGCGCCAAAGGCUGAGUGAAUCCGCUACUGACACAGAGGAGAACAAAGAUGAGAGUUAGUGGUGACAGAGCCCCUAAUCAUCCACCACAAGAGAACAAAAUAGUGACAUUGACAGGAAGGGGGACACCUGGUCACCUCUCCCUGUCCUCUUGAUGCCCCCACAUCACCCCCUCACCCCUCCAAUGCUGCUUUGACCCAAAGUGGAGACUGAGACACUCCGCAGGCACACACGGAAAUCAGGGACGAACGCCACAACUCUCCACAGCCUUCUCACAAGGACCAUUGGACUAUACCCCCCUCAACCACCAGAUCUUUUUCCUCCUGUGGAUAAGAGUGUCAUCUUCCCAUUGCUCGCAUGCAUUGGGCCUUCGGAACUCAUCACUUUCAAUUUAUCCAGCAGGGUCCAGAAACACACUGUACGUGAUCCUAUAUUCCAACUUAAAGCAUCCCUGUGUGGUGGCUAAUGCUUUCGGCCUAGAGGAUCAUGGACCAUAGCAAAGGCACACCAAAGUGAGAAGUGUGCAGAAGAUCGAUCAAAUUCCGCUAGAACAAAACAUUUUAAGUUUAGAGAAUGGUCAUUGAGAUUUUUUUAAUCAGUGGUUUCUACUAAACUUCAAAACAUAAUAGUAUGUUAAGUUAGCCCACCAUCAUGCCUAUAAUGACAUUCUGAAGUGAUUCUUCAAUCACCUAGGGCUGAAUCCUAACUUUAACUUAGUAAAAUGUUCCCUUCGGUAUGUAUAGAUGUGGAAGACUAUUGGAAGUGGAAGUUAGGGUUAUCCCCUUAAGAGGUCCUCAAGUCAUUUGGAUCUCAAGAAAAACAAGCAGUUCUCCAAAAAAAGGAAAAUGUUGUGCAUCUCAAGAAAAAGGACUAGUUCGGUCUGCUAGAUAGGUCUACUUUGCCAACCCAGUGAAAUACUGUUAGUAGUUAGUAACAUUUCUCUUAAUCUUUCAGUGUGGUUGUUUCUCCUCUGGCUGGUAUUAGUGGCACUUUGGAAGCACGUGUGAUAUAGCAAAAUACGAGAGGACAGUCUGUCGUUCCUGUUAUUGACAUUCCCCUGAAGUGAUGUGGUAUUCAUCCAUUCCUAAUUGACAAUGACCCUCUUAGAUCGGGGGAACCCCCCCCCCCCAGCUAUGUGCCCAGUAGCUGUACAUCUUCCUUUUUCUCUGUUUCUGGAACUCCAAACUCUGUGUCCUUUGGCUACAAGCUACUGAGGAACUCUUCACUCACAAAUGUAGCUUCUGGGGUGAGAGCACAGGCCUCUGUGAUUUCAUGGUUGGAUUGAGAAAGUACUGGCACAACAAGAACUGUAUAUUCAUUUCACUCCAAUGUUAGCUCAGCUGGAAGAAUGUUUAAAUAUGAAGUUGUGGCUUGGAUUUUGGAUGGAAACAAAGAAGUGAACAACAACAAAAAAAGAGACUUCUAUGGACUAUUUUAAAUGUAAAAGAAAUACAAUUAUGUACAAUAAUGACCAACACUGCAUCUCUUAAAGUAAGAGCAAUCUUCAUAUUUCCUUGGUUUUGUUGGUUUUUUGUUUUUUUUCCUUCUGCUUUCUACAUCAUACAAUCAUGUAUUAUUUUAACAGAAACCACUAAAACAUUUGAAAAAAUAAGACUUUUAUCCCUAAAAUAUUCAUGUAAUCUGUAUUUUUAUAAUUUUUGUCUAGACUUUAUUAUAUUAUUAUGAGCACUAUUAUUAAUAUGGUCUCUGGCUCUGAAAACGUAAAUAGUUAUUUUUAGAUGAGCGAUAUACAUUUGACUGAUCUAUUGUUUAAAAUUAAGGGAAAGAUUACAAAAUGUCUUCGUUUUGUUUCAGUUCAUCUUACUGGGAGAGGGAGGGAAAUAUGAGUUUGAAAUAUGAUUAAAGAAGCUGGCUGGAAACACUGA